GCUGGUCGGAGUCGAGUGGACCCGCUGGACCUUGCGCUGCGCGCUCGACCGCGAUAUCUGCCUAAACGCCUACCGUAGUAAAGAGGUAGUUCGGUAGGGCUGCCUAGCAGCAGUGACGGUGCGCCGAACGCAAACCACUACUAAAUGCGAGAGCGCAACAAACACCCGGCACCUUCUGAUAAAAGCCAAACCGUCUGAUGGGCACACCCUCAGCUUUCUCAAACCACCGCUUGUCGCCCUGUUUUUCUUCCAAGGCGAUCUGAACGGAGGCCCAGAAUCCGCGAUGGGAGAUUACUACGACAGCAGGGAAGCAGAGGAGGAGGAGGAUGAGAUCGGCGAACAGGACUUCAAAGCCCAGAAGGAUGCUGUCAUAUUUGCUAUUGAUGUCAGCAAGUCCAUGCUCCAGCUGCCUCCUGAGUCGGAUGAUAGGAAGGCCGAUAAGGACCCCCCUGCCUAUGCCGCUCUCAAGUGUGCCUACCAAGUGAUGCAACAGCGGAUUAUAUCCAGCCCGAAGGACAUGAUGGGAAUCAUCCUCUUCGGCACCGAGAAGACCAAGUAUCGUGACGACCAGAAGUCGCCCUAUCCGCAUUGCUACGUCUAUACCGACCUCGACAUUCCUGCGGCCGAGGAUGUGAAGGACUUGAAGCUCCUCGUCGAAGAGGGCGAGGGCGCCGAUGAAUUGCUCGUGCCAUCUAGCGAGGAGGUCCAGAUGUCUAACUUGCUCUUCCUCGCAAACAUCUUGCUCACUACCAAGGCGCCGAACUUCGGGUCCCGAAGAUUGUUCAUUAUUACCGACAAUGAUGACCCCCAUAGCGAUAAUAAGCAGCUCAAAGAAAACGCAGCGUGUCGUGCGAAAGACCUGUACGAUCUGGGCGUCACCAUCGAGCUCUUUGCGAUUGCUCGCGGCGAUAAAACCUUUGACUUCAGCAAAUUCUACGACGAUAUCAUCUACCGAGACCCGGCGGUUGAGGAGGCACAGCUGGGGAGGGUCUCCACAUCUAAGUCCGGCGACGGCUUAACGCUGCUCAACUCGCUGAUUUCCAACAUCAACUCAAGGCAGACGCCAAAGCGAGCAUAUUUUAGCAACAUGUCGUUCGAGCUGGGUCCCGGAUUCCAGAUUUCGGUCAAGGGGUACAACGUCAUCCAGAAGCAAACUCCUGCGCGCAGUUGUUACAUUUGGUUGGAUGACGAGAGGGCACAAAUUGCCGUGGGCGAGACUGCUCACGUCGCCGAAGACAGUGCCCGAGCGGUCCAGGUGGGCGAGGUGAAGAAAGCCUACAAGUUCGGCGGCGAAUACGUAUAUUUCAGCGAAGAGGGGCGGAAGUCGAUCAAGCAGUUUGGGGGACCGGUCAUCAGGGUCAUCGGUUUCAAGGAUAGGUCGCACCUAGCGUUUUGGGCGUCUAUCAAGAAAUCCACCUUCAUCUUCCCGAGCGAAGAGGGCUACGUCGGAUCCACACGCGUGUAUGCGGCAUUGUGGCAGAAGUUGCUGAGAUCUAAGAAGAUCGGCAUCGCAUGGCACGUCGCUCGGGCGAAUGGCAACCCCAUCCUAGUCGCCAUCAUCCCCUCCGAGGCCCAGUCGGACCACAAGUCCGGUGCGGAUUUCGUACCUGCCGGCUUGUGGCUCUACCCGAUCCCGUACGCCGACGACGUGCGCGAGGGUCCGGAGAAGGGCAACGUGAUCCGGACGACGGGUGAACUCACGGACCGUAUGAACAAGAUCGUCGGACAGCUGCAGCUGCCGGGCGCUACGUACAACCCAUUCAAAUAUCCCAACCCGGCGCUUCAGUGGCAUUACAAGAUUCUCCAAGCGCUAGCGUUAGAUGAAGAGGUACCUACGCGACCCCACGACGCGACCACGCCCAAAUACAAGGCCAUCCAUAACCGAUGCGGGGGGUAUCUCCAGGAGUGGUCAAAAGCGGCAGACGAGGUCUUGGGCUUGGUCAGAGAUACGAAGGUCAUCAAACGAGAAAUGCAAGAUAGCAGCGGAAACGAGGAGUCGAGACCGCCGAUAAAGAGGUCGAGGAUUGUGGUGCCAACAACGGGGCCGUCAUCCAGUGCCAAAUUGAGCAAUGCCGAGCUAAAGAGGAGAAGUAACGCGGGUAGCCUGUCGAAGCUGACGGUAGCCGAACUGAGACCGAUUCUUGAAGAACGCGGGAUCGAUGCCAAGGGGUUGAAAAAGGCGCUUCUCGAGAGGCUCGACGAGUGGAUAGAAGAGAAUGUGUGAGAGACUGGGGGAGGGGAACGAGGACCUAAGUUGUGAGAUGCUUCCACGAAUAUCUCCAGUGCGUUACGGAGACUUUACACGGUGCUGGUGUUGCCUUCUACGGUAUUGUACCUACCUACACAGCCAGUAAGAGUUGCCUGCUUGCUUACGGUAUGCACGUAAUGUACCUAAGGUACCUAAGGUAUAGUGCCUGGCAGCAAGGGAUCUCGAGGUCCGAUUCGCGGGGAAUGCGUGAGGAGGUAGGUACCUAGGUAUCUACUACAUACACAGACUUACCUACGUUGCAUCGCAAUCUAUCAACUGUCAUUCACAGGGCCGGUAUUCACAUUUUCACGCUUUUCGGUGGUGCACAGUAGCCUGGCAGGAU